GGUUUUUAGAAGCGGCACAAUUAAUUACCAUACUGGAACUAGAAGCUUCGAGACCAUGAGAGGAUUAAGGAAUCUCAUACGAACGAAUUAAAGACAACAGGAUGACGAAAAUUCUAGAAAUGUUAACGCCGAAACUAGCCGGACGAGCGCAUAUUUAUAGACAGGUCCUGGCAACAUUUGCAUCGUCUCUGCUGUCCCUCGCUGGUGGCAUCACGUUCGGGUUCACUGCGGUCCUGCUACCUCAACUAAAGACUGACACAAACUUCCCUUACGAUGAAAUUUACGACUCGUGGAUUGCCUCCAUCUCCCCGCUGGCCAUGAUGAUGGGGUCUCUGUUCUCCGGCUGGAUGAGUGAUGGUGUCGGCAGGAGGAUGGGCCAGCUCAUCCUUAUCGUACCUUUCACACUCGGUUGGGUUAUCAUGGGCGUCGCCAACAACAACGCAGUCAUGCUAAUAGGAAGAUUUGUCACUGGAAUGUGCACGGGAGCUGUGAGGGCAAACAGCAUGGUCUACAUCGGAGAAUUAUCUGACCCGAAGUACAGAGCCGUGGCCCUCUUCUGUCCCUCAGCAGCCAUCCACAUAGGAGUCAUCAUCAGUCAUUUAGUCGGCAAAUACACACAUUGGAAAACCAGCUGCUUCAUUUUCACAGUACCUAACAUACUUUGCUUCAUAACUCUUCUGUUCUUGAAAGAAAGCCCGUUAUGGUUGUUAUCCAAAGGCAAAACAGAUGAAGGCAUAGAGUCUUACAAAGAAUUUAGAGGUGAAGGAGAAAGUGCGGAGAAGGAACUCACAAUUGUGUUAGAGAAGAAUAAAGAAAAAGCAGAAGAAACAACGACGUUCAGAGAUAUACUUAAUAUAAUAUUUAGUAAGCCAUUCAUGAAGUCGAUAGCGACUGUAGUGUUGUUAUUCAUCGCGGUACAAUGGUGUGGUAUCAACACUUUAUCGUUUUACGCUGAAACUAUCUUCGAGAAGACAUUCGGUGGUGAUAUUGAUGCAUUUAUGUUGAUGAUAGUUACUGAUUCCAUCAGAAUUAUUGCAGCUGUAAUUAUUUGUAUAUUUGCUAAAAUGAUACCUCGUAAAAUUACGUUCGUAGCUUGUUCUAUAAUAACAACCCUUGUGUUGGUAGGAUUGAUUUUAUGUUUGUAUUUGAACCCUUCAGGGCUAGUGUGGUUGUCUGUAACUUGUAUGGUUAUAUACAUAGGUAUGGCUAGUGCGAUAACAUCUAUUUCAUGGUCAUUUGUAGCUGAAAUAUUCCCUUCGAAAGUACGUGGCUUCGGUUCUGGACUGAGCUCGUCUAUAUCGUUUGUUUUACUGUUCAUUUCUGUAAAGGUUACUCCAGGGAUUAUGUAUAAAUUUGGGGAGCAAGUAAUGUAUGCUGGUUUUGCGGGAGUAACGUUAUUUUCUAGUAUUUUCCUAAGUUUUAUUCUGCCAGAGACUAAUGGCAGGAGUUUGCAGGACAUUGAAGAUUCUAUGUACAAAAAGAAACCAGGCGAAAAUAAGGACAUAAGCUUGGCUACAUUGGAGAAUGCAGCGAAAUAA